UGUAACGGGGGUGCGCGUUGUGACGGCGCUCCAGCGGCCCUGGAGACCCUCCUCAGCCACCGGGGGGCCCCGCUGCAAUACGGGCAGAGAGCUCCCCCGCCUGGUGGGGUCGGCUGCAGCAGCGGUGUGCCCACCGGGGACGGGGGAGCGUCCCUCGAGGGAUCCCUGGAGCUGCUGGGGGGACCCGAGGACCCCCUGCAGCCUGCCCCGGGGUGCGGGAGGAAGCCCCACUGCCGUAGGUUGGGUCUGCGGUGUCUUUUCUCUCUGGGCAGCGAUCCCUGUGGCUGUGGGGAAAGCCCAAGAUUCUCCAGCCCUACAGCCAGGCCACCGACUUCAGGGGACUGCUGAGGCCCAGGGGAGACCUGGAUGGGCGAUGCUCUCCUAGCAGCCGUGGUGGAGGGAGGAGGACGCCAGCCUUGAAUGCUCAAGACACCCAGGGACAAGGACUUCAGCUCAGGACACUCAGUUGUGACUCUCCUGUGCCUGGAGCUGGUGACAGCCAUGUCAGCCCAAAAGGACAGAUGGGUUUCUUCCUUCUCUUUCCUGCUCUUCUGUGCUUCCUCCAUCCCAAGGCGGGAAAGCGCGAGGCUGCUGCAGGAGCUGAGCCCCCAGGAGUAUUUCAGUAGCUUGCAAGCCGGCAGAGCAUCCCUGGCUUAUUUCAGCCAUCACGCUUCUCCUGGUGCCCAGCCCUUCUUGGAGCAGAUUGAGAACUCGGCCGAGGCCCUCCAGGACUAUGGCAUUUCGGUGGUGAAGGUUAAUUGUCGCAAAGAGGAUGUCUCAAGAUACUGUGGGAAAGAAAAUACGUUAAGGAAAGCCUACCUGUUCAGAGGCAGCAUGCUGAUCAGAGAGUUCCCUACCGAUGCCUUGUUUGACGUGAACUCCGUUGUUGCUAACGUUUUGUUUGCCCUGCUCUUUAAUGAAGUUAAAUACGUUGAAACACUGGCAGAUCUUCAGAACAUUGAAAAUGCACUGAAAGGGAGGUCAAACAUGGUCUUCGCCUAUGUACCAGCUACUGGGACAGCAGAGCACAGAGCCGUGAUGGAGGCGGCUUUUGUCUAUGGGACCGUCCACCAGUUUGUUCUGACAACUGAGGCAACGCUGCUGAGAGACACUGGCGAUGAUGAGCCUGAUGUGGUGUCUGCUCGGCUGUUGUUCUGCCACUGCCAGCGGGCCACGGACCUGGCGCAGCCCUGCAGGAGGACAGCCAUGGGGCAGGCCCUGACGAUGCUCAACAUCCACAGGCACCUCAAGCUCAUGGGGGCUCCUCUGGUGACAGAGGUUGCGGAGGACCCAGAGAAGGUUUCCACCGUUCACUUACAGCUUGGGCUACCACUCGUGUUCAUCCUCAGCCAGAAAGAGACCUACGAAGCUGACAGGAGGACAGCAGAGUUUGUGGCCUGGCAGCUCUUGGGGAAAGCAGGAGUUGCCCUUUUGUCCAGGGACCUCGUAGAUUUGAACAUUCUGCUCCGGUCAAACGUCGCUCUCAAGACACCAGAUGAGGGAGUGCCAGUCAAAUACCUGGUCUUGGAAGACACUGAUGAAGUUAUAACCCUGGUGGAAGAUAAAAGCAAGGUCGGACAAAUCCAGGAGGAGGAGGAGGAGGAGGAGGAGGAAGAUGAGGAUGAAAAACAGAACAACAAUCAAGACAUUCAGGACGACCAGGUGGUGGAAGCAGUUUCCAGGGACAAGAAGCGAGAGCUGCCCCUGGAGCAGAUCCUUGUCCUAACGGAGGAGACCUUCCACUCUGCCCUCCUGGAGACUGCCCGGACAGUGGUGCUGUUUUAUGCCAGCUGGGAGGCAGUGUCCCUGGCAGUGCUGCGGUCUUACACCGAGGUGGCUGAUCACCUGAAAGGAACUCAGGGUGUUUUGCUCGCUCAGGUAAACUGCUGGGACUGGCCUGGAGUUUGCGCAAAGGAGAAUGUCACUCAGUUUCCGACCAUCAAGAUUUACGAGAAGGGAGAGCGAUGGGUGAUGUACGAUGGCAUGUGGGGGACCGAAGAACUGACCAGCUUCAUCAUGCUGAGCCGAGUUUCCUGCCCUCUGAAGCUGGCCACGAUUGAGGAAGCAGAAGGAUAUUUAAGAGGAGAGUUUCCAUCUGAGCUGUCAUCCUAUCACCACACUUCGGUUCUAGGAGUAUUUAGCACGGCCACGAGUGAAGCCAGGGAAGCUUUUGAAGAGGCAGGAAACAUCUUAAGUGGCCAUGUAACGAUGGGGAUGUAUUUUGAAGAUGAUGCGUUGGCUUUAUCCCGUAAAUACGCAGUGUCCCCCCCAGCCCUCCUCCUCGCCAGGAGCGGAGGUCAGAGCGUGGAAGGCAUCGCUUUGUCCAAACAGAGCGCGCAGGACAUGGUGCGGAUGAUCAGAUACGAAUUGCUGGACGUUUUUCCAGAAAUCACUGUGCAAAAUCUACCCCGCUACUUGCAACUCAGGAAGCCCUUCCUCAUCUUGUUCAGCGAUGGUGACAUCGGUGAAAUGGAAAGCGAGGAAAUGCUGAAGCUGGCAAAAGGAAGACCCCGGCAAGCGUUUGUGGCUUGCUGGUUGAACUUGAAAAAAACGCCGGUGGGGCGCGGGGUCCUGAAGGUCUAUUUUGCCACCGUGCCUUCGCUGCCUCUCCUCCUCUGGGUGAACCUUCACGCCGGGGGUCAGGUAUUCCAGUUCCCAUCAGAGCAGACCAUCACCGAAAUGAACGUCUUGUCUUGGCUGGAGAGGCUAAAAGCAGGCCUGGAGAUUCCCAGCAGUACCUUGUCUGAGGAAGACUGGAAACCACCUCUCCCUGCUUACGACUUCCUCCAGAUGAUGGAGACGGCCGUGCCCGAGGUCCCCCUCCACCCCUCCCACCACCAUGGGGACACGCUGGUGCCCAAAAACCCAGGAGGGGACACCACCGUCCGGGAGGAGCCGUCCCAGGAGACCAAGGCAGAGAAAGGAGGGUCCCCUGGGAGGGACCUGCGAGGGACGGCCCCCAGGCUGGCGGCAAGGGAGAAGCAGGGCAAGAGGCACAGCGAGCUCUGAGAGCUGGGACAGCGAAAGACGUGGGACGGUGCCCGGAAAACCCGCUCCCUUUUCCAGCCCUCCGGGAGCCUUUACACCAAGGAGAGAAGUGCUUUUAGCUGUAAAUUCACGGUGAAGGGAUAAAACAGCCCCUAAGUCUCAGUGUGAGAUCCCUGCUGUGGUACCUUGGUCCUUCUGUGGCCCCUGACGGCAGAAAGGUGUGGGUACAUCCCUCACCUUGGACACCCCACCUCCACCCCCGGCUGCUGGUGGGAUUGUAUUUCACAGCAAGCGACGAGAGCAGCUCUUCUUCUGAGAUGGGGCGAGCUCACCGCACGCUGGAAGCUCGCCCCCAUGACAGACGAGGCUGGAAAAGUCGAAUCAGCGCAACCUUGCUCUGUAGUUUCUGUAUGUCUCACCUAAGGCGCCUCGGUGGCCCCCCAGCAGGAAGGGGUGAGCGAUUGCAGGAUAAAAAAAGCACAUUUCUCUCUCCCCCAGGUUGCAGUAGCGGCUCUACUGUUGUGUGUCGGCCAGCCCUGCUCUCAAAAAGUGAUUAAAUCCGCCCUGUAACUGUGCGGAGCUGAGAGGGCAAACGUGUCACCCACUCCAGAGCUGCUGAAACUGGCUCCCGCUUGUGUUUACACCUCACUCAUGAACCGAAUUUGUGAGCGUGUUCAUCCUCGGGAGGGGGGUAAGAGGAGUAUCUGGUUAAAGCAGUUUUAUUACGAAGGCCAGAGCUCGGGUCAUCACAACAGCCACGAAUAGCUGGGACAAAAAUCUGCCAGCAAAUCCCAAGGGCAGGCAGGUUGGAAGAUGGCUUUGCUCAACGCUGGCAUUUUCUUGGUUGCAAGCCCGGGGGUUUAUUUGCAGCCUCGAUUUUUCUUUGCAGUCGGUGACUGCAGCGAGGUCGGUGCUUUGUGAGCCGGGGACGGUGCGGGGAGCAAGGUCCGCAGAAAGCCCAGCUCUUUGGAAACCAGGGGAGGGAGAUGAGGGAAAAGGCUGGCAGUGCUGGGGGCAGACCCUUCCGAGGUGGGAUGGAGCUGCUUCGCAUCCAUGGCUCGAUGGGGAGAUGCAGGACCUGGCUUGCCAGGCUCUACCCAUCUCCUGGGGACAGGAGAUGCCAUCUCGGUCGUUCCUUGCUGGAGGAGCUGAGCUUGCAGGCCAAGAUGGGACGUGGGCUGGGGAGAGCCGUCUGCUUGGAGGGAAACUGUCUAAUCCCAUGACCAUCUUCCCACCCCUUACAAUAAACAUCUCCUCCCUCCCACAGCACCCCUGAGAUGUGCCGGGAGGGUCGGACCCCCCUCCUCUUCCUCCUCCUCCUCCUCCUCAUGGCUCUGAGGAGAGGAAAAAUUGAUGGUAAGGAACUGCUGAGAGCAUUGUAAUGUCUGUAUUUCUCAUCCUGCAAGCAGCCCGCAUGGUUGGGAGUAUUUUGAAAUGCCCAGAAAUAGACCAUUAGUCCUGGUCUCUCCUUGAAGCCCUUAAUUGAAACAGACCAUUUUUGGACUUAAUGACCGGCUUAGAGCCAAAAUGUAUGUAUUUAAAGUAAUAAACUGCAGCAUGCAGAUGGGAGAGCUUGCCAUGCAGCUGAGUAUUCCCAAGGGAAGGAGUAGGUCGGGGCGCAGACAGAUCCUCCGUGAGUUCCCGUCAUUCCUCUGCUGUAUAAGGUCCAUGAGCUGGACGUCGGUCGUUUCCCAUCCUGUCCCUCAUGACGCCACUGCUGCUCUUGCAGCAUCACUCUCCUGCUGGGUGCAGGUGAAGUGCGAUAUUCGGGCUUGUCGUGGAUGUCUUCAAUAAAUUCUGU